GCAAAAAACAAGGGAGAAAAGCACAGAGAUCGACAGAGGACACAAAACAACUCAAAGGAUGUGGAAUUAGAAAGAACAAAUUGCCACUGGAGAACCAAAGGGAAAGUAAACCUUUUCUCACAAAUCCACCAGAGUGGAGUCACCUCACCUGUACCUUCGGAUUAAAGAGCAAGGUCAUGUCCCAGUUGCCAUGCGCAUCGCCACGCUGACCUGCCUUCCCGGCCCUUCCCCCUUCCUCUUUCUAUUGGCCCAGCUGCUACUGCGGCUCCUCCUCCCUGGGCCGGAGUUGGUAGGAGCCGCUUCCUCCUGCCCCUCCCUCUGCACCUGUUCCAACCAGGCCAGCCGAGUCAUCUGCACCAGGCAAAACCUGGAGGAGGUGCCCGAGAGCAUAUCUGUCAACACACGAUACCUCAAUCUGCAGGAGAACUCAAUACAGAUUAUCAAGUCUGACACCUUCAAGCAUUUGAGGCACCUCGAGAUCCUCCAACUCUCCAAGAAUCAGAUCCGUCAGAUUGAAGUCGGAGCAUUCAAUGGCCUCCCCAACCUCAACACACUGGAGCUCUUCGACAACCGCCUCACACUGGUGCCAUCACAUGCCUUCGAGUACCUCAGCAAGCUGCGGGAGCUGUGGCUGCGCAACAAUCCCAUUGAGACUCUACCAGGCUAUGCCUUCCACCGCGUGCCCUCGCUUCGUCGCCUGGACCUGGGUGAGCUCAAGAAGUUGGAUUUCAUCUCUGAUGCAGCCUUCGUGGGCCUCAUCAAUCUACGUUACCUGAACCUGGGCAUGUGUGGACUGAAGGACAUUCCCAAAUUGACAGCCCUUUUGCGUUUGGAGGAACUGGAGCUGUCUGGAAACCGACUGGAGAUCAUCCGACCAGGCUCCUUCCAGGGCUUAGAGUCUCUCCGCAAGCUCUGGCUCAUGCACUCACAGGUGUCCGUCAUUGAGCGUAAUGCUUUCGAUGACCUGAAAAACCUGGAGGAGCUUAACCUGUCCCAUAACUCCCUGCACUCCUUGCCCCAUGACCUCUUCACGCCCCUUCACCAGCUGGAGAGGGUACACCUUAACCACAAUCCCUGGGUCUGCAACUGUGAUGUGCUCUGGCUUAGUUGGUGGUUAAAAGAAACGGUGCCCAGCAACACCACCUGCUGUGCCCGCUGCCAUGCGCCCCCAUUCUUGAAGGGCAAGUACAUUGGAGAGCUUGAUCAAAGCCACUUCACCUGCUAUGCGCCUGUCAUUGUGGAACCACCAACAGACCUCAAUGUCACAGAGGGUAUGGCCGCUGAGCUGAAGUGUCGCACAAGCACCUCAACAACAUCAGUCAACUGGAUCACCCCUAAUGGCACUCUAAUGACCCACGGCUCUUACCGGGUGCGGAUAUCAGUCCUGCACGAUGGCACGCUCAACUUUACAAAUGUCACCCUCCGAGACACAGGCCAGUACACCUGCAUGGUGACCAAUGCUGCUGGAAACACCACAGCAACUGCUGUCCUCAAUGUCACUGCUGCUGACGCCAGUGUCAACUACACCUACUUUACAACAGUCACUGUGGAAACAGUGGAGAAUGCAGGAGAGGAGGAUUCUGCGCUGGUUGCCACCAAUGAAACCUUCAUUCGUAUUCACCCUGGCCCUACUCCCUCGGGUCACUUGUGGCCAGAUGGUGUUUCCACCACAGCUUCUUCUCUUUCAGCUGGCUGGUCCUCCCCUUCUCCCCGCGCCACCCGACCCACGUUCACUGUGCCAAUCACUGAGCCGGGCUUCUCAGGCCUAGAUGAUGUGAUGAAGACCACCAAGAUCAUCAUUGGCUGCUUUGUAGCCAUUACCUUCAUGGCAGCAGUGAUGUUGGUGGUGUUCUACAAGUUGAGGAAGCAGCACCAGCUGCAUAAACACCAUGGCCCUGCUCGUGCCAUUGAGAUCAUCAACGUGGAGGACGAGCUUGGGGCCGGAGCGAGUGGCAGAGGCAGCGGAAUCUCAGGAGGCUCCACCGUGACGCAGAGCGGAAGCAGUGGAAUUGGAGGGGGCCAGAGCCUCCGGCUGCAUCACCCGGAGAUGGUCAACCUGCCAAAUCUGGCUCGGUCAGAGCACCUCAACCACUACUACAAAACCCAUCACUUCAACAACAACAUGAUGGGCCUGGGCAUGGGCACAAUCUCUGGUGUGGGCCUCAACAACAACAACAACCCCUCACCUUGCUCUCAGAACACAUCUUUAUCCUGUUCCCAGGUUCCAACCUCCACAUGUGGGGGAACACUCACAGGUGGCACCUUACCCUCCCCUGUACCUCUUCCCCAGCUGGGUCUCCACAGUUCUCUGAAAGGGCUCAUGGGGAAAGGCCAGAAUGAGCCACUGCUCUUUAAGAGUGGCUCCAAAGAAAAUGUGCAAGAGACUCAAAUCUGAGUAAAAGUGAGAGUGGAAGUAAGAGUUAAGGAGGAAGUGAUGCUGGAUAGAGACUAUGACACAGAAAGUGUCUGUGAGUAUAUGAGACUGAUGUAGCCUUCUGUCCUCAUGGACAGGUUCCAGCAGAGAUGAAAUUUCACAUAGUCACUGCUUUGUGAGAGAGAAGCGAAUAGAAAGACUGAAGGAGACAGAGGACAAUAUCUGAUCACUAGGCCCACAAUAGCUUCUGCACAUAGUUUUUAACUAAACAAACAUUUAUAAAAUACACCAGACACAUCAGAGUCAUUCAGUUACCUGUGUAACCUGCUAAAAUCUUUGCCAAAGUCCAAGAUCAAGCCAACUAUUUCCAUAUGCGUCCACAAUCAGAGUGGAAAGCUAUGAAUGAUACACAUGUGCAGUGAGCCUCUAGGUUUUAUACAAAUUGAUUCGUAUAUUUCCAGACAUAUUCAGUGUAUGUAUUUGAAGGGCGAUGUGAUAAUGGCCAUUGACCAUGUUGUCAGAUUAUUGUUUGGCAGAGACACUGAAUAACAAACAUAUGGUUUGGACGAACGGUACGGUCCCAGGUUUCCAGGAAGCAGAAUUAGAGCAGUGCAGUGAUCCUGUCCAGGACACACAUCAGACCUGGAGUUUGCAGGGAGACAGACCAACAACAGUGGUUUCACUCUCACUUUCUCACUUUUUUCCCAUUCACACGUAACUGGCUACUGUCUUGUCUGAAGUAGAAAAGAAAUGAGUGGGUUUAUCGUGGGAGGAGAAAAAAAAGACAAUGAGUGAUAAAAGAGA